CAGUCCAGUAGAUGUCGCUGUUGACGCACGCUGCCUUGUGUCGCAACCAUUUCCGUCCGCGGGAUAAUGCGCUGAGUCAUUCAAAAACAAAACAUGGAGCAGAUUGAGGAACUUCGUCCGGCUCCAUCACAUUUCAAAUCCGAUGUUUGGAAGCAUUUUGGAUUUAAAAACAAAGGUAAAAAUGAAGCCGAUAUGACCCACGCAAUUUGCAAACACUGCUACACCAACAUUAAAUAAUGUGGGAACACAACGAACCUAAAAUCACACAUGCAGAGGCGCCAUCCAGAAAAUCAAGAGCCGCCAGCGCCGCAAAAUGUGCUUAAACAAACAACGUUUGAUUGCAAACUAGCCCCAACAUCUACACGUGCAAAGAAGAUUACAGAGUCCAUCACCAAGUUCAUUUGCCAGGAUUUGCGACCAUAUAGUGUGGUGGAGAACCGUGGGUUCAAAAAAAUGAUCAGCACACUGGAGCCUCGUUAUAUAAUCCCGAGCCGGAAACAGUUCACUGAAGUAUUGGUCCCACGGAUGUAUGAUGAGGUGAAACUACAGGUAAAAAAAUCCCUGGACUCCGCCGAAUGCGUUGCUCUAACGUGCGAUGGGUGGACUUCACGAGCCACCGAGUCAUACAUCACGAUUACAUCUCACCACAUAAACGAUAGCUGGGAAUUAGUUUCCCAUGUAUUACAAACCAGAGCUUUGUUCGAGUCUCACACCGGUACCAACAUCGCACAGGUGCUUAGAGCAGCACUCGAAGAAUGGGAUCUGACCGACAAAGACCCUGCAAUAGUGACGGACAACGCGUCGAACAUGAACAUUGCUGCUCAGCUGGCCAAUGUGCUACGUUUCAGGUGUUUUGCUCAUACACUAAAUUUGGCAUCCCAGCGUGCCCUGAAACUUCCCGCUGUCACUAGAUUGCUAGUGAGAGUAAGACGGGUGACAACUUUUUUCAGACGCAGCACUGUUGCGUUCCAUGUACUGCGUGAGAAGCAAGCUUUGUUGAACCUCCCUCUCCACAAAUUGAUAACCGAUGUUGCUACCCGCUGGAACAGCGCACACGAUAUGCUGGAGCGCUUUUUAGAGCAACAGCCUGCCAUCCACGCUGCGCUCCUGUCUACCGAAGUACGGAAGUCUGAGAAGGAAAUCUGCACACUCACCGAUUCUGACAUAACAACUGCAGAGGAGGUUGUCGCUGCAAUGAAACCUAUGAAAGUGGCUACACUCGCCGUAUCAGAGGAGGCCAGUCCAACGCUAUCGAUUGUAGCGCCACUCCAUGCCCAACUCAUCCAUGAGCUCCAAGACAAACCGAGUGAUUCCACCUUGACAAGGGAGCUAAAAACCGCAAUGUACCAGGAUCUUAACAAGAGAUACUUAAACGAAAAGGAAGCUCUGUAUAAAGCAUCGGCUCUUGAUCCCCGUUUUAAGGCCUUGCCUUUCCUUUCCGAGGAUGAGAGGGAAGAUGUCUACAAUGGAAUAACUGCAGAAGCUACCAGGACCAAGUGGGCAUUACAGCAAAGCACAAGUGGACUUCAGUCAGACUCAAUGGACGUGGACAACGGCAGCCCAAACCCUAAACAAGAAGACAUGUCUGCUGCAUCUUCAUCAAAAACAUCCAAACGUUGUUCUCUAGCGGACCUACUUGGACAGGCGUAUGGAGCUGGAGCAGCGGGUCCUGCAAAGAAACUAAAAACUGCUGAAGACCAGGCAAAAGACGAAAUGGCAAGAUACAAGGAGGAAGCAUCCCUAGCCCUUAGUGAUAAUCCGCUUGGCUGGUGGAAAGAACAUGAGAGCCAGUAUCCUUUUCUGUCUCGAGUAGCUAAAAAACACCUGAGCAUUCCAGGUACUAGUGUCCCCUCGGAGAGAGUUUUCUCUACUGCAGGGGACAUUAUCACUGCCAAAAGGAGUGUAAUUUCCCCUGAGCACCUUGACCAGCUUCUGUUCCUAAACAAAAACAUUAAGCACUAAUAAUGGUAUUGUAGCUGUUGCCUUUGUACUUAUUACUAGUUCAACACUUGUUCAUUUGUUUUUUGAGUGGACACUGGGCACAUGCAGUUAAUGCAUUUCACUGCAAGGGAUGUUUGCAAUAUAUAUUUUAAUUUUUGAUAGUUUUUUUAAAGCCUAUGCACUUUUUUGUCUCAGUUUGUUCUCUUGUGUUUAUGAAAUGAUAUUGUUAUGAUGGCAGCUACUUCCAAAAUGUUUUCAUUUUAUUGAGUUAAAGGACCACUGAGGCCAUGAUAAUCCUUAUUUUGUUAUUUUUAGUUUUAUAAAUCCUAAGCACUUUUUGUCAAUGUGUCCACUACAACAACAGUAAUAUUUGUGUCCAGUUACAGUCAUAUUUGUUUUCAUGGCAACACCUCCAAAAGUGAUUUUAAUAAAUACAGUUAUGGAUGAAUGCAGUUGCUUUCAGUUAUUUAUCAAUUGGAAGACACUACCCAGAUCAUACUCAGCCAGUCAGCCACUUGUAAUGGCUGUAUUUUUUUCUAACAGUGUUCAGUGAAAAUAUUGCAAUGCAUCGCAAUAUUUCAAGUAUCGUGAUGCAUCGUGAUAUAAUCGCAU